AUGGCUUCCACGUUCUCGAUGAUGAUCCGUACCAUGUAUGGACUUACCUAUGGCUGGUCCCGACAGUCGUGGCUCAUUGAUCCGCGUCCAACGGACGCUGCGUACCGGGCAUACAACUACCAACCCGGUAUAUUCCAAAAAAGAGAGUUGAAUCUGAGCGGCAACUACAGCAGCACCGGAAACGACACCGACCCUUCGCCUAACCAGGACACCACCGCGGCGGACAGGGUGUGUCACGCAAACAUCAGGCCGCUGGGUAACUACAGCGAUCAGCUUGUCGAAUCAUCUGAUGUUGAUUAUAAUAACUUCUUCUUCGUCGAUAUGGACGGCAACCCCAUCGAUAGUCGAAAGUGUAGCUUCAUCUAUGAGGAUGACUCGAAGAUGCACAUUGUGCUCGACGGGCACGGUAAAGUGGUGCAUGUUUAUACGGGCGAUGAGGAUGAUGACGUGUGGUCUACGCUCAACAUUCCUGCCAUGCAGACCGCGGGUCCAGUCACGCAGACUGCAGGUCUGAUUACUAUCUCAGUAACGACGGGACUGGCACAUGUGGCCGGUCGCGCACCUCGCUCCAUGUUGCCUGCGACGACGACGUGGUCGACGGUGAGCUCAGGAAGCAUGGUGACUCCUGCACCCUAA